AUGCCGAAAAUAGAGAACGAAUUUGAGAAAUUCACCCACACCAAUACUGAAACGGUCAUAAAAGAUUUCCUCACAGCCGGCUCCACCUCAGCUAUGAUUACGAUUCUCGAAGCUCCUUUGGAUCGAGUGAAGGUAAUGUUGCAGGUACAAAGAGCUGAUCCGAAAAUAUCGAAAGAAAAAUCUUAUAAAGGGAUGUUCGACGCGUUAAUACGCAUUCCUAGAGAAGAAGGAUUCUUUAGUUUCUGGAGAGGAACCCAAGCAAAGAUAAUCAAAGCUUUUCCAAACUCUGCUUUCAAUUUCACCUUUAAUGGAAUGUGUUAUAGAAUGUUAGUAGAAGGAGUUGACCGAAACAAUAAUUUCUGGGCCUAUUUUUACGGUAAUUUAGCCGCAGGAGGUUUAGCAGGAGCUACUUCGACGUCCAUUUUGUAUCCGUUGGAAUUCUCAGCUACCCGAACUGGAGCCGACAUCGGUGGAAAAAAAUUUACAGGAAUUAUAGAUUGCAUGGUUAAAACUCUCAAAGCUGAUGGAGUCCCCGGCUUGUAUCGAGGUUUUAUCACUUCCGUACAAGGAAUUAUAAUAUAUCGGUCGGCAUAUUUCGGCUUGUAUGAUACAGCUAAAUAUACGCUUACAGAUCCAGAUAACGUUUCGUUUUUUGUAGCUUUUUUGAUAGCCACGUCCACCACGACCACCGCAGCUUUACUAGCUUAUCCCUUUGAUACCGUAAGACGCAGGAUGAUGAUGCAAUCCGGGCUGACUGACAAAGAAAUCAUUUAUAAAAGCACACUCGAAUGUUGGAGGCAUAUCAUCAAAAACGAAGGGUACUUGGGUUUCUAUAAAGGCGGAUUUUCUAAUUCGAUCGCAGGAGUAGGAUCGGCUCUCGUUCUAGUUUCGUUCGAUAAAGCAAAGCAACUUCGAGUUAAUAAAUAA